AUGUUUGGUUGGGACGAAAGCCGUGACGCUCACCAGCAAGUCUACAACGGGGACGAAAGACAUGAGGCCAAAUUCUCCCAUGAAUUAGUUGGUGGCGCAGCUGCCUUCGAGGGCAUGAAGCUCUACGAGGAUCGUCAACGCAGAGAGGGCAAGACGGUCAGCCAUGGCUUUGCCAAAGAGGUCCUCGCCGGCUUUGUUGGAGCGGAAGUCGACAAGCUCGCCGAGACCAAGGGCUUGGACGAAUAUGACAAGAUCCGAGCCAGAGAACAUGCUAAGAGGAGUGCUGAGCACAUGUAUGACCAACACUAUGGAGACAUGGAUCAAUAUGACCCGAACCAACGUGACCAGCCAAACUUCAACUACUGA